AUGAACAAUCAUAAAGCCCCGGGUCCUGAUGGGAUGUCAGUUUUAUUUUACAAGCACUACUGGGAGUCUGUUGGAUCUGAUUUCUGUGAUGCGGUACUUGACUUCUUUGAGAACGGUAAUAUGCAUAGAGGAAUCAAUGCCACCAAUAUUGUCCUCAUCCCAAAGGUCCAAAACCCUAAACGUACCAACCAAUUCAGGCCCAUUUCUCUGUGUAAUAUGGUGUACAAAGUCAUAGCGAAGAUUUUGGCGAACAGAAUUAGACCCAUUCUCCCUUCCAUAAUUUGCCCAACCCAAGCUGCCUUUGUUCCGGGAAGAAAUAUCCAUGAUAACAAUGUCAUCGUUCAGGAGAUAAUUCACUCAUUUAAUAGGAAGAGAGGUCGAGCCAACUUAACUGAGGCAAAUGGCUUCUGGAGCUGCCUAGAUAAUUUCUGCUCUUGGUCUGGCCAGCAGGUAAAUAAGCUUAAGACGACAAUUUUCUUCAGUAACAAUACCUCGGAGAACAUGCGUAGAGAUAUCAAGGAAGCCUUAGGAAUUGAUUAUCCUGAGGGGUGUGUAAAAUAUCUGGGUCUUCCCUUAUUCAGAUCCAGACAGAAAGAUGCUGACUUCAACUUUAUCCUAGACAAUCUAACGUCAAAACUUCAGGGUUGGAAGGCAAAGACCUUGUCAAAGGCGGGUUGUGCAACACUUAUAAAAUCUGUGGGAUUGUCUUUGCCUAUGUAUGCAAUGCAAACAACCAAGCUCUCCUCUCGGAUGGUUAAUCGGAUUGAUAGUUUGGUUAGAGAUUUCUGGUGGGGGUUCGAGAAAGGAAACCAUGGACUCCACCUAAAGGCUUGGGAUAAGCUCUGUCUCCCUAAAUCUUUAGGUGGAUUGGGGUUCCGGAAAACAAAAGAAAUGAACCAGGCUUUCUUGGCCAAUUGGGGGUGGAGUAUCUUAAAUGGGAGCCAAUCUUUGUGCUCUAAAGUUUUGUUGGCAAAGUACCUCCGGGGAAAAGAUCUCCUCUCUUGCAGGUAUAAAAACUCUGACUCUUGGUUUUGGAAAAGUGUUGUCAAGGCCACCUCUAUUCUGAAAAAAGGAGCCUGCAAGUUGGUUGCUAAUGGCGAAUCGACGAACAUCUGGUCGGAUCCUUGGAUUCCACAUUUGAAGGACUUCUGUCCGAAACGAAUAAGGGAUGGGCCUUUUAACCCAAUUAAAGUGGCGGAGCUUAUUCUUGACAAUGGUCAAUGGGACAUACAAAAGUUGAGGUGCCUUUUUGAUCAUGAAACUGUUGCGGCAAUCUUGAAAGGGGGCCACCCCUCUGGUUUGGGCCCUGAUAGAUGGGUGUGGACGCUGGAAAGUAGUGGACAGUUCACGAGUAAAUCAGCGUAUCUAUCCCAAGCUUUAGAAAGAGCUCCACACUGUGUCGUCGCCCCAAAGCUUUGGAACAAACUGUGGAAUAGCAAAAUCCUGGAGCGACACAAGAUUAUGUGGUGGAGUAUUUUGUCAAACGCUCUCCCGGUGAGAGCUGUGAUCGCUCGCAGAUUCCAAAUAGCAGACACAAACUGCCCCCUUUGUGGAAGUGGUGAGGAAUCUGUUGAACAUCUAUUUCUUUCCUGUGAGGUGGCUCAACACUUAUGGCGUUCUUCUCCUUGGGGUAUCUAUCCGGUCUGUGACACGGGUAUUCGCGUCUGGGAUUGGGUCAAGUUCAUCUGGGAUCUUAAAUACAAAGGAGCUAAUGUUGAUGAUAUUUUCUUGUAUGCUUCUAUUAUUGUGGAUACUUUAUGGAGGGUGCGUAAUGACAAGAUCCAUAAUAACUGCCCUGUUGAUUUUAACAAAUGCUUUGAUAUUAUUUGUACUUCCUAUGCAGAUAUGUAUGAUUCUUUGCUCACUAGUCCCACUCCUGUGUUACCAAUUGCCUGGUCCCCUCCUCCUUUGGACUGGAUUAAGCUCAAUUGUGAUGUGAAAGUGGGCCUGGAAAGUAUGUGUAUUGCUGUAGUGACUAGAGAUCAUUUCGGCAGAGUGCUUAGAGUUCACACAGCUCGGGAGGAGUUCUCGGAUGCUCUGUGCGGUGAAGCUGCGGCUUGCUGUUUGGCGGUGUCAAUCGCUUUGGAUUCCGGCUAUAAGUUUGUUAUUGUGGAGAAUGAUUCGAGGGUAGUCAUCGAUGCCAUCAAUGGGAAGGUUUCGCAUUGGGCUUUAGUGAACUAUAUCUCAUUUUGUACUAAAUCUUCUCCUUCUUUUGAUAGUUGUAUUUUCUCUUAUGUCAGUAGAACUUGUAACUUUGCCGCUCAUAAUGUGGCUAGAUGGGCUUUCGCCCAUCAGAUGUAUGGGUCUCUACCGGUCUCUUCUAUUCCGGAUGCUCUAUUUUGUAACGACCGUGAGGUCUAA